AUGAACUUAAGGCCACGAUUUUCGAGCGAUUAUAUUUGCAAGGCGGAAAUUGCACCUGAUCCUGAUAUUAGUGGCCUUGGAGUGUUCUCGUCUUUCAUUGUGGUCACCUGGAUUACGAUAUUUGUGGCUGGAGUUCCAGCGAUAUAUGAAGCAGUCGAGAUAUUUCGAUCAGAUCUCGACCUGCAAUCCUUUGGUAUCAUUGCGGCAAAGUUUCAGAAGCUGAUAGGACCUUUGUGUGAUCUCCAAGUAAUCACGGGUAUCGGUAUUAUUAUAGCCAGCUGGUCCCAGAUCCAUACCAUCAACUACUACCAUGAGCAACUGGUGGUGACCUACUGGUGGCUUACGCUCAACUCCUUCUGGGCAGGCCGUGUCAACUACUUGGAUUUCGAUGUGGAGGACGAUGACAUUCGUAUCCUACAACGGACAUGGAAUGACAGCCAGGGUCCUUGCUACCGCUACGAAGACGGAUCAACGCCUGUUCCGUGGAUGAUUGGGCUCUGUCUUUUCUGCAUUGCCUUGUUAUCAGCCACAUUUCGGAAAACCAAGAUAUUCGUCAAGUGGUAUUUGGACAGCCUGGAGAUAGUCAAUCAAAGACUCGAGGAGUGGUACGUCACUUCACAGCAAACGCGGGAAAAGACAAUCUCUCAGUCUUCUGGCCUGCCAGCCGCCGUCCCCCAGUUCGGACAGCUCAAGGCAUACUUCAUGGUGGCUUUGUCUUUGACAUGUAGGGUCCUUUGGUUCAUCGUGGUGCUAUGUCUCGAUGUCUGGUCUUACGGAAACAGUUUUGCGCCAAUGACCUGGUGUUUGAAUGCCUUUUUCAGCUCCUGGGAUACCUUCAUCGCAAUCAGCACAUGGCGCUUAAACCAAACGAAUAUGAAAGGCGAUGAGAGCCAAAUGAGCUUUGGCCAAGUUCUGCCGCUAUGCUUGAUUGGCUCUAUCAUAUUUAGUGCUGUUGAUAUUUUUCGCGAAGAUCCAGAUUGCGAAUAUAUGACGAAACAUGACGCUUCUGAUGUCGGGGAUUGUGUCGUUGAGAAUGUGUGA